AUUCAAGAUUGAGUUUAUCAAUUUGAACUUAUAGUUUUCAUUCAUAUAUAAUUUCUCAAGAGCCAUGUCUUCCAUUUUGUUGCUUAUUGGAGUAUUAGUAUCUUCCAUUGCAUUACAAUUUACGGGUGCACAAUCCAUAGGUGUUUGUUACGGAGGAAAUGGAAAUAAUCUACCAACAAAGCAAGCAGUAGUUGAUUUAUACAAAUCAAAAGGAAUCGGUAAAAUCCGUCUAUAUAAUCCAGAUGAAGGAAUACUCCAAGCCCUAAGAGGUUCAAACAUAGAAGUAAUCCUCGGCGUCCCAAACAACAAUCUCAACUCACUCACAAAUGCCCAAGCCGCAACCGAUUGGGUCAACAAAUAUGUAAAAGCCUAUUCAAACGUCAAAAUCAAAUAUAUUUCCGUUGGCAAUGAAGUUCACCCAGGUUCAGCCGAAGCCAAUUCAGUUCUUUCCGCAUUGCAAAACAUUCAAAAAGCUAUAUCUGCAGCCAAUUUACAAGGCCAAAUUAAAGUGUCUACCGCGAUAGACACAACUCUAAUUGGAAAAUCUUACCCACCAAAUGACGGUGCAUUUAGCGAUAGUGCAAGUGGUUACAUAAGACCUAUUGUUAACUUCUUAGUUAACAACGGUUCACCACUUCUCGCUAAUGUGUACCCUUAUUUCUCAUAUGUUGGUAACCAACAAAACAUUGGUCUUGACUAUGCUUUGUUUACAAAACAAGGGAAAAAUGAAGUUGGUUACCAAAAUUUAUUUGAUGCAAUUUUGGAUUCAAUUUAUGCUGCUCUUGAGAAAGUAGGAGGUUCUAAUGUGAAAAUUGUUGUGUCUGAGAGUGGAUGGCCAUCUGAAGGUGGAACUGCAGCUAGUGUUGGAAAUGCUCAAACAUAUUAUGGAAAUUUGAUUAAUCAUGCUAAGGGUGGAACUCCUAAGAGGCCUAAUGGACCUAUUGAUACAUAUCUUUUUGCUAUGUUUGAUGAAAAUCAGAAGACUGGUGAUGAAAUUGAGAGACACUUUGGUCUCUUUAGACCUGACAAAUCUCAAAAGUAUCAGAUCAGUUUCAAUUGAGAAAUACUUAUAGUUGGUGAUUAUGUAUGAUAAUAAAAAUAAUAUAAACUCUAAAAAUAAACUAGUACAAUAAUAAACUCAAUGUAACUUGCAAUAGCCAAUAAGUAAGGAUAUAGAUGUUUGCACCAAUGAGGCAAUGAAUAAUUUUCUACGUUUAAA